CACGUGCUAGCCAAUAACACAUUGCGGUUAACAGGCUAUACCGCUUUUUACAUUACAUUAAUACAUUUCUCCCCCCACAAGGAACGACAAAGGAAUUGAUUUAAGACAACUCAAACUCCGUCCACUGGGAGGAGAUACUGCAAUAGCUUGAAUGGAACGAAGCGAAUACUAAAUGACUGCCAUACGCAGAGACCAAAACAUUUGAUAAAUUGUUUAGUUUUUUAGCCAAUCCAAACGCAGAUGUACUGUUAGUGGGCUGGGCUGGGAAGGAACGGAACGGGAAGUGUAGUGUAGUGUGCUGAAUGAUGCAGCUUCAUCUCCACAGUGCAAACGUUAGCAAUUAAUUUGUAUUAGUUAGAUAUUUAUUAACAUGCACCACUAAGUGUAUAUCUUUUUAAUCUUGACGCUUGUUUUUACUGGACUUGUCUCUAUUUUGGCUCAUCUCAGCAAAUAUUUUUGACGCAAUGGGGGAGGUUGAGCUGUCCUGUCUGGCUUACGUGAAGAUGUACCUGCACGCCUGCCUGUUUCCACGGUGCAGUGUCAACGGUCUGCUGUUGUCCUCCAGCCCGGCCGGCGGAGCUGUGUGUGUCACUGACUGUGUGCCGUUGCUCCACUCUCACCUGCCCCUGGCUCCCAUCACCCAGCUGGCUCUCACACAGGUGGAUGUGUGGUGUGCACAGACCCAGCAGAGGAUUGUAGGAUACUACCAAGCCAACGCCUGUGUGUCAGACUGCAGUCCGACGCCGUGCGCGCUUAAGAUCGCGGACAAGAUCGCCGAGCAGUGUAACAAUGCAGUUUUGUUAAUGAUUGACGGUGGGAAGAUGUCUCCUGACUACAGGGUUCCUCCCAUCGUGAUGUAUGAGCGUAAAGACAGCCGAUGGACGCUCAAAGACAAACAUACGAUAAUGUUACGACAGUGGGAGGAGACUCGGGAAAUAGCCGGCCAGCUCCUGGACUCUGGAGAUCACUCGUUACUGGUGGAUUUUGAUAGCCAUUUGGAUGACAUCACUAGGGACUGGACAAAUCAGAAACUCAAUGCCAAAAUAGCAGAGCUUGCCUCACCGGCCAAUGUUUGACAGAUGGGUCUUCCAGCUCAGUCCAGUGUGCCUUGUCAAACCCAACACCCACGCUGUUAAUCCACUUACCAACAGUAACAAAUCAGCCCUCUUAAUCCACUGGCUGUCAAUGGUAUCGUAAUGCAAUGUGCAUUCCUUCCCACUGAUUAAAGUGUGUAACCUUUGACAAAUAUAUUAAACUAAAUCUACAAACAUUUAAA